AUGGGGCCUCAGUUUCUGACAUGGUUACGUCGCAAACAAGGAUCAAGAGACAAUGAGCUUGAAGGCAGCAUCUCGUCCCUCUGCCAGUCCACAUAUCUGCAGCUGCUUGUGCUAUCGAACAACAAUUUUACAGGAGAAAUUCCUUACUGUUUGGGGGAGUCGUCACGAGGUCUUCGGUCAUUGAAUCUGGGCAACAAUGGUUUCUCCGGAGCUAUUCCAAGCAGCAUCAGGUUUCUGACUGGGCUGACCGAUCUGGAGCUCAGUAACAAUGGUGUCUUGGGCGAGCCACUGCUGCCGUUGGAGACUUGCACCAUGUUGAGCUAUGUCCAUCUGGCGGAGAAUAGAUUCACUGGAAGCAUACCACAUUGGAUAGGAGACAAUCUUCCGGCUCUGAUAUAUUUGCGGUUGCGCUCGAACAUGUUCUCAGGGCAAAUUCGGACAGAGUUUGCCAAACUUCAAAGCCUUCAGAUAUUGGAUCUCGCAAGCAACAACUUCUCAGGAGCCAUACCAACUAACAUUGGCAAUCUUAGUGGAAUGGCUUCAUCACAGGCCACAAUCUUUUUUCUACAUCUGAUAGACUUACAAGUGUAUUCCAAGGGACAGGAUAUGUACUAUAGGCAAAGUCUGGAUCUCAUGAACAGCCUUAAUCUUUCAAGCAACAGCUUGGUCGGAGAUAUUACAGAAGGAAUUAGAGAUCUUGCAUCUUACUUGAAUCUGUCUUACAACAACUUAUCGGGAGAGAUACCAUCUGGGCAUCAACUCCAAAAUCUCGAAGAUCCAUCGAUUUACAUGCACAAUCCUCACUUGUGCGGACCACCCAUCUCCAAAAGUUGCUCGAGCAAUGUAACAGUGACAGAGAGCAGCGAGAAAGAGUAUGGCAAGAAUAACUCUGAUUUGGUUUGGCAAUGCAUUAGCACUAUUCUUGGAUUUGUGAUGGGGUUUUGGAUCUUUUGCGGCGUCAUCUUCUUCAAAGAUAGAUGGAGGCAUGCAUACUUCAGUGGCAUUGACAAGCUGUUCGAUGGUAUAUUUUGA